ACUUCAACGGCGCGGCAGGAGUAGCAGCUUCCCACUCCAACACUCCUUCCCCUUCCCUCCUCCGCUGUUUCCUUCUCCUUCCUCCACAGACAGAGAAAGCGAAGAGAGAGAGAGAGGGAGAGCGAGAGUCAAGAAACCGACGCCAAGGCUUUCUUCCUCCUGUAAUUUUCUGCCCUCCUUCUCAUUCUCUUUUUUGUUUCUCCCAACAUUCCCAUUCUCAAGUUCGUUCUUUGUUAUUUUUGUGUGUGUGUGCGCGCAUGUUUCUAUUUUUGGCCAUUGAAAAGGAAAUUUCUGCUUCACUGUUCCAUAGCUCUUUUCUGCUCACAGUUUCCCGCUUUGCGUCACUUUUAUUCCUAAUUUUCGGGGGAGCUUCGUUCCUUGAUUUCGACUUCAUUCCUUGAGUAAAUAAUGGGUUCCUCACGAUUUUGCGGCUGAACCCUUUUCCUUUCUCCGAACCAGUUGAUCGCAAGGAAGAAAACCCAGUUGCAGGUGUGCUUGUUUUUGUUGUCACUGAUUCGAGAUUUUCUGAAGGAGGGAAAUUGAUGGAAGAUGAAAAGAUGGGUUGGGCUUUGGAUUCCACUGUUUUGUUUUCUUCUAAACCUCUCUCUCCCCCGAUUUUUCUGAGCCAGUAGACAAGGGUUUUUUGCUUGUUGUUUACUGAGAGAUCAGGGCAGCAAAGCAAGCGAGGAGGUGGAAAGUGGCGUCGUAAUUUAAAUCACUGGUUCAAUCUACUUCCCGUCCCCCCAUUACCUUAUCUGAAGCUGCCGGCACUGCACAACUGUGAACCGUGUUCACUCAACUUUACUCGUCUAGCAUUGAAAACGACUCGGAGUUUGUAGCUACACUUACCAUUUCCCUGUCGCUACCUUACUCUUUUGAUGCUUCUCUGCUAGAGAGAAGAGCUGGGGACGGGGACCAUGAGCAUGCAGCAAAAGAUCCAAAAGCUUCGCUUUUAAAGUCUCCCAGUUGGGGGUGAGUAGCUUCAACAAUUCUCUGGCUUGGUGUUGAAGCAAUUCGUCUGGUUUUUGUCAGGCAGCUAAUUGAAAGUCCAUUCCGCUUGUGGGUUAUGAUUGGAUUGACAAUGGCAAUUGAUGAAUGUUGAAGGAAUGACGCUUUUUGAUUCAGUUUGGGUGGUGAAGGAAGGGAAAGAAUGGAGUGCAAUGGCUUUAGCGACAAUGCAGCAACUUUACCUAUAACAACUUAAAACCGUCUUGCUUUGUGGGGAAGAAGUAGCUAAGUUGUCGUGAAAACAAUGGGGUCAAUUGGAGCUGAAAGCUCACCGAAGAUGGAGAAGAUGCAAAUGGCGGCGAGUACACGAGAAGAGAAGAUUCUUGUAUUGGUGAGGCUCAGACCUUUGAGUGACAGGGAGAUCAUGGGAGAUGAAGUUGCAGAUUGGGAAUGUAUUAAUGAUACUACUGUCUUGUACCGGAAUACCCUCCGCGAAGGCUCCACAUUUCCCUCUGCCUACACUUUUGAUAGAGUGUUUCGGGGUGAUUGUACGACGAGGAAAGUGUAUGAGGAUGGACCCAGAGAAGUGGCUCUUUCAGUUGUUAGUGGCAUUAAUGCAAGCAUAUUUGCUUAUGGUCAAACAAGCAGUGGAAAGACUUACACAAUGAAUGGUAUAACUGAGUAUACUGUAGCUGACAUAUUCGACUAUAUAAACAGGCAUGAAGAAAGAGCCUUUGUUCUGAAGUUCUCAGCAAUUGAGAUAUACAAUGAGGCUAUCAGAGAUCUCCUAAGCGCAGAUAACACUUCACUUAGACUUCUAGAUGAUCCAGAGAAAGGGACUGUGGUGGAGAAAGCCACUGAAGAGACGCUAAGGGACUGGAACCAUCUAAAGGAGCUCCUAUCAGUUUGUGAAACUCAAAGACGGAUAGGGGAGACCUUUUUGAAUGAGAAAAGCUCUAGAUCACAUCAAAUCCUUAGAUUGACGAUUGAAAGCUCUUCUCGUGAGUUCUUAGGCAAAGAAAACUCGACCACCCUUUCUGCCACUGUGAACUUUGUCGACUUGGCAGGGAGUGAACGUGCAUCUCAGGCACUGUCGUCUGGGACAAGAUUAAAGGAAGGAUGUCACAUUAACCGCAGUUUGUUGACUUUGGGUACCGUUAUUCGUAAGCUGAGUAAGGGGAGAACUGGACACAUCAACUACAGAGAUUCAAAACUGACGAGGUUGCUGCAGCCAGCUUUAGGUGGCAAUGCUAGAACUGCCAUCAUCUGCACAUUGAGCCCUUCACGCAGUCAUGUUGAGCAAACUAGAAACACACUAUUAUUUGCAUGUUGUGCUAAAGAAGUCACUACGAAAGCACAGGUUAAUGUUGUCAUGUCCGAUAAGGCUUUGGUCAAGCAUCUGCAAAAAGAGUUGGCUAGAUUGGAGAGCGAACUGAGAAGUCCUGCCCCAGCUUCAUCAACUAACGAUUAUACAACACUAUUGAGAAAGAAAGACCUUCAGAUUCAAAAGAUGGAGAAAGAAAUCAGGGAGCUAACUAAGCAACGCGAUCUUGCUGAAUCUCGUAUUCAAGAUUUGCUUCAAAUGAUUGGACAAGAUCAAAAUUCAAGAAGAACGGUAUCGUGCCUGGCCCUCGAAAUACUGUCCAUUGUCAAUGACGUGUUAAUGGUCAUGCUGGACAGACUAAUUUACGUUUUAUUUGAAUCUUCAUUUUUACAGAGUGAGAUUAGUCAGAAUCCCAACCGACAAGGAAGGGGUAGAUGGGAUGACGACGAAUGUUCAGUUUCAGAAUCCUAUCCCCCUACUUAUGGUGGCGCUGCAAGAACACCAUAUGGAACCCAUUUUAAUGGAGAAAGUGGGACCUAUCUACAGGACAGUGGUCUUGAUGAUGAUCAUUCUGAUGCCACUUCUUCACUUAUGCCAUUUGGAAAGAAGAUUGAUGGAUCACAUUCUCGCCAGAGCCUUGGGAUUAAUGAUGACGAGGAGGACUGCAAGGAAGUUCAGUGUAUUGAAAUGGAAGAGACAAGGCAAAACAAUCCUGAUCACCAUUCGCCAAUCUCAAAUGGUGAAAGUGAAGUACAUGCUUCAGUCAGGGCAGAGCAGGAAUUAACAACAGCUCAAGGAAAUGGUGAUAGAGAAGCACAUCCCUUCCAGAAUAAUGGAUUUACAAAUGAUGCGAUGGAACAAAGGCUGCAUCUUGUUGAUGGAUCAAGUUCUACAAGCAUGAAAUUAGCCAUGAGCUGGAGUUUGAAAGAGAGCCCCACAAUUGGUGACAGCACACCACCCAAUGGGUUGGAGAGGAAGUAUGCUGGGCGACCAGAGAGCGUCAGGAGGAGGUAUCCAUCAAUGAUGUACGACAACGAUGCUGCAAGACUGACAAGAAGUGAUUCUCAGUCAUCUAUUGAGAGUGCUGCAACAGUUGAAACUCGGGGUGUAGUGACUGCGGACGAGGAUAUUCCAACAGUUGAAAAUUUUGUUGCUGGGCUGAAGGAAAUGGCCAAGCAGGAGUAUGAAAAGCAGCUUGGCGAUAACCAGAUUCUGGAGGCUGAAAAGAAGAAGAGUAAUGUCAAGGACAUUGGAUUGGAUGCUAUGCUCGAUGAACUAACAACUCCUGAUUCACCGCUGAAGUUUGAGAGACAGCAGAGAACUAUUAUCGAACUGUGGCAUGCUUGCAAUGUCUCAUUGGUUCACAGGACCUAUUUCUUCCUCCUCUUUAAAGGUGAUCCGUUGGAUUCAAUAUAUCUCGAAGUGGAGCUCAGAAGGCUCUCUUUCCUAAAGGAAACAUUUUCUGAUGCAAAACAUGGCAUCUCUGGUGGCCAAACUCUCACUCUCGCCUCCAGCGUAAAGACGCUUCAUAGAGAGAGAGUGAUGCUGAGCAAGCUGAUGCAGAGGAGGUUGUCUGGAGAGGAGAGGAACAGGUUGUAUCAGAAAUGGGGUAUUGGGUUGAACUCCAAGCGAAGGAAGCUUCAGUUGGUGAACCGUUUGUGGGGCAACACGAAGGACGUGGACCACAUCGCAGAGAGUGCGGCCAUUGUUGCCAAGCUGGUGAGGUUUGCAGAACAAGGACAAGCACUUAAGGAGAUGUUUGGGCUUAGUUUCACACCUCCAAGCACGACAAGAAUGAAAUCCCUGGGCUGGACUUACAGCAAGUCGUCUCUUUUGUAGUAGUGCAUGAUGAGUAGAGUAUUAUGGAAAGACUGGGUUUUCCCACCAUUUUAUCCCUUUUAUGGUGUGAUUAGUGAUGUUUGAAACAGUAUUCGAGAGUGUAGAUUGUAAGGUGUAGUAUUUUGAUUGGCUAUAGGCUAGUUUUUCUGGUGAGCUACUACUACUGGAUGGAUGGGUGUGCUAAUGGAUGGAUUCGUUUUCUGAUUUACGAUCCAAGAAUCCAGAUCAUUUGAGACUGAGAUUACGAGAGCAAAUUGCUUCAGAGAUAACUGCAAAUUUAGAAGGUUUAGCUACUAAAGUGAAACCACUAUCGAAUGCUGUUACUUCUGUAGCAAACUACCCAAGAAUACAAGAAUAGUUCGAUUAUCCAUGUGUGACAGGAGAAAGAACUAUAUGAGUCUAGAGGCCACAAAGUACCAAGGCACUUUGAAAUACAAAUACCAGAUGUGUCAUGCUGAUCGAGACGCUAAGCUUAGAAGACAACUGUGUCAAGCAUGGUGCCCAAAGUCUGGAUGAUGUUGGACGACAUCAAAUUAGAGACGUGUUCUUCGAGGUGCUUCUUGGCAUCUUGCCGUCCCACAUUUGCAAUAGCAAGCUUCUCAGGUGGAAGCUCGUCUUCUUCUUGCACUGCCUUGUUAUACUUGACUGCUAAGUUCAACAUCUCCUGAACAGUCUGCUCAUUGGUUUUGGAAUGACCAUCAAACCGCCUGAGAGUCAAUCCAUCAGUCCAUUUCUUCUUGUGCAAGUUGAGAAGCAUUUUCUCCUCGAGCUCAUUUUUUCGGUAAUUAAUGGCAAUUGAAUAGUAAUGCCUAUUCAGUCCAUGGAUCAACGCCUGAAUGGAUGGUUUGUUGAGACUCCCAAGAUUGGAAGUUGUUUGCCUAGGUUCUUGGCCAAGCAUCAUCGUCUGAGGGUUGAUGAGGCGGAAAGCAUCAAUCACGACCUUCCCUCGCACACUUUGAAUAGGAUCAACCACAACAGCAACUGCCCGUUGAUUUAAAGCUUCAAAACUCUGCCGACAGAGAUUAAAAUCAACACCAGAAAGCCAGCAUCCAAAUCCCGGAUGAGAAUGGUACCACCCUACAACCAUCUCUGGCCUCCCAGUCUGUUUGAGCAUAUCGAGCAUGUUAGUCUGGAAAACAUGGUCGACAGCUUCAACACUGACGCCAGUACCACUUUGCGGCAUUGCAAAGACGUCCACGACACGAACAGUAUACUCGUCCACAAACUCUCCGAGCAUCAGACCCAUGACCUCCAUGGGAACUCCAGCUCUUCCGUGUUUAAGCAUCUUGAGAAGGGCGAGCGAGGAGAUAUAGACCUGCUCCGACGUGUCAACGGCGGGGCCAUCGGUCGGGGGAUGCCCGAACCCGCCGCCGGCGCCGCCAAGCAUUCGCUGGAGUCUCUCGAUUCCGGCCAUCUUCAAGUUUCCGAUGGAGUGGGGGAAAAGCAAAGACUAGAGGGAGAAAAUUUGACGAACAGGAAGCAAAAAU